CCUGCUCAUUUCAGUUUUCAACUGUCACACUGGCACUUUCCGGUUUAUUCUCGUAAAAAGUAGUAUUGUUUAAAAUCCAAAAGGAACCCCUUUUGAAAGGGGGACAAAAACAACCAUGCCGGUCAUCAAGUUGCAGUCCUCUGAUGGCGAAAUUUUCGACGUGGAUUCCGAAACGGCAAAGUGUUCGAGUACCAUUAAAACAUUGCUGGAGGAUUGUGGGUUGGAGUCGGAAAACGACCCCGUCAUUCCGCUGCCCAAUGUGAAUUCGAACAUUCUGAAAAAGGUUCUCGUUUGGGCCAAGCACCAUCAAGCCGAUAAUGAAGAGGAGGAGAAUGCGGAGGAAGCGGCCCAGCCAAUUGUGGAAAUUAGCGAGUGGGACGCCUCGUUUUUGACCAUGGAUCAGGGCACUCUCUUCGAGCUUAUCCUCGCGGCCAACUAUCUGGAUAUUCGCAAUCUAAUGAACGCCGGUUGCUUGACGGUGGCCAACAUGAUCAAGGGCCACACCGCGGAGGAGAUUCGCCAGACCUUCCACAUCGUCAACGAUUUCUCGCCAUCCGAAGAGGAUUUACUUCCCGCGGAAGUCGAAGAACAAGUGGAGGAGGAAUCAACGAUAUAUGGCGAUAUAUAACUAUGGAUUGAAUAUAACCAAAUACAUAAGUUCGAGAAGGCAGGGUUCCCCUUAGUUUCGCCCAAGUGUCCUUCGUUCAUCUCAAGCAAAUAGUUGAGUUAACAGUUGUGGUCAAAACAAUAGUUAAAAAAAAAUCUACCUAAUAUUAAAUUUUACUCCCCUUUAAUUACAUUCCCCAUGAAAUAGUAUACCCUUCAUUUUCAGCUUGUUUAUUCAUUAAAUCAACCUCCAAAUAAAUCCAAUUAAACUCA